AUAUCUAUAAGCAAAAAUGUCAUGACAACAUCUAAAUGUAUUUUAAAUUAAGAAUCUUGACUUUCUGCUCUAUUUUGUUGGUCAAUAAAAGAAAAAUCAACUCGGUCAAUUAAGUUGAAAGAUUUCAUCUUCCAGCGUGUAGCGUUGCCAUUGGCUGAGGCCUCACCCUCCUCUAUUUGACGAUUAACGCAAACAGCUACUCUAACCCACACAGCAGCUUGCGCAUUCCAUCAUAGUUCUCCAUCCGAAGCGGACACAGCGAGAGGAUCUGCACGGGCUCUGAGGUGAAUUUCUACCCAUCAGAAUUGCAUUCUCAUCACGGUCACAAACACUGUCAUCACCUUCUUUUUGAACGAGAAAAUGGCAUUGACUGCUGCUGAGAGGCAACGCAAACAUCGACAGAAACUGAGAGCCGAGGGCAAAUUGCCACAGAGGAGUCCCAAAAAUGCCAGAGUGAAGAGCAAGAAUGCAACGUCGGACGGACAGCAGAAGUGGGCCAUGAGACUAAAAGAUGGUAGUCAAUACCAUGGACAACCAAAGAUGGCUGAUGCGAUGAGUGGCAUUGUGGUUCAAGAAAACUUUGUGGUGAAUGGAAACCUAGAGAGCAGAAGUGAAGUUGUAGGGGAAGCUGGCGUAGACCCUCACAAUGUGACUGAACAGCAACUUGAAGGGAAUGUAACUGAUGCCGAGGGCUUACCCCAACUUAGUAACAACUUUAUAAUACAGCCAGCAAUAAACGAUGCAGUGUCGAGUGUCGGCAUCAAACAAGAACCAGUGUUUGAGAUGACCAGCAACGAUUCAACUCAAGACUUGGGACUGAACCCUAGCAACGUGUCAAGCGCAGAGCAGGAUUUUAUCAGUUCGUGCAACUAUCACUCCAAUUACUUAUCGGCAGAGUUCAUCAUAGCUCAAGAACGACUCCUACGAAAGAGACAAGGAAAUGCGGAGCGCCAACGAAGACGGCGGAAGAGAAUGAAAGAAGAAGGUCGUUACGAGGUUUACAAACAGAAGCACAUCGUCCACUGUGAGAAGCACCGAGCGACACAGCGGGAGAUCGAGAAAGCGUUGCCAGAAACUCUGAGACGAGAGUUUGUCGCUAAACGUCGGGAGGAUGGGCGGCGGCGUGUGGCUCAGUACAGGGCUCGGAAGAAACAGAUUGCCUCAGAGACGCAGACAUCUUUGAUGAUUGAGGAUUCUCUGGAAUCAGGUAGCCAGGAAUGUUCCGGGACUAGCGCAGAAGAACUUGGGAGUCACACACAGCAGGGAAGCGUACAGAGACGAUUUGCAAACUGGAGAAACAAGAAGCUGAUGCUAAUGAACAGUACAGAUGGGGAGAUGGAGAAUAACUUUGGACUAUCACAGAAUUUUGUUUUGUGGCCAUCGGAGUCGACGCCACAGGAGCCUAACGUAGCAGCAUUCAACCCUGGUAUUCUACCGUGUUCACUCGUCAAGAGCCACACUGCCUCCUCCGCUUCGAGCGAGACUCUAAGUCCUGCUCUGUUUCCAGCGGACAAAAUCAACUGUAGCCAGUCUGCCGUUGGCAGAACACCGUCUGCUCAGGUGUUUUGUAGCAGGCUAACUUAUUCGGACCGUCAUGAAGCAAGUACCUCAAGUCAGGCACCCUAUGUCAACCUCCCAAACAGGACUGUUUCAUCAGACGGGAAUUUAAACACGAGAAACACUGUUGUGGAACCGUCCCAGCAAGAGGAGCCUUGUAGUUAUCCAGCCGCGGGAGUUGUCCCUCGUUAUUUUACGCGACCCCCAAUUUGGCCGAGUAGUCGUCCAGUCACUCUCACAGAGAGUUUGCCCCAAGUUGGGAUCCUUUCAAGUAGUCAGGAGUAUCGGAAACUGCAGGGCAACAGUCAAAUCACUAACGACCAGAAACAAACAGACUUUAGUAUAGUUGAGCCAAUAGAAGAAAACUUCACUCAUUUGCAGAGGAACCCGAGUCAAACACAGCCUCAAUCCAGCCAGCCCAUCAUCACCAUCGACCCUACCCUUGAUGCGGUAUCGAAUGAUAAUAGACUUCAUCAAGUCCCCAUGUAUGAUCCUCUGGACGGAACAGCCGAUGAAGAAACACCUGAAGUACUGCAGGAAGAUCUACUGAAGAUCCAGAGUCAGUUCCCGAUGAUGCAUAAAUACGUGAAGAAACUUCAGUCCGACAUCCACAAGCUAAGAGAAGCCCACAAGAAACUUACAAAACGGAAAAUGGACUUGACGGAAUUAAAAACAAACAACGAUAUGUUUAAGUACUGGACGGGGUUACCAGACUUCAGCACCUUUGAGGAGAUAUUUAUUAUUCUCAAACCUAGCUUAGUAUCAACUCCUUGUCAGAACUUUAUCGUCCUCACUCAGGAAGAGGAAUUUUUCUACGUUCUCUCACGAAUUAAGACGGGUAUUCCUGUUAAAGACAUCGCUGAAAGGAUCGGGAUAAGCGAAGUCGAGUUUAAUCUCAUUUUUCAUCGCUGGAUUACAGCGUUACCUCACAAACUCCAGUACAUCUUCAAGACACGGGAUGAGAAAGCUCGGAUAGACGCAGGGAAACCAAGUAUAUCGUACGAUGAAGUCACGGCAGACUACAGAAAUGUUGUGAUCGAUUGCACCGACAUGUUUUCUGAGCAAGUUUUUCUGAACUGCGGAGAAACAUCGACGGAGCAGACCGAACUCUGUAAAUUUGUCAUGGGAAUUUCAUUGCCAACGGGGACUGUUGUUAAUGUGUCGGACGUUGUGUCCGCUGAGAGCGGUUUUGUUUUGUUGAGACUGAGCCGAGGGAAGAAUGACAUCAUGGUGCCGUUAGGGGAGAGGGACUCGUGGCUUGUGCAGGGUCAGCGAGGGCACAGCCUUGUCGAGAAAAUCUUGAGUAGAGUCCGAUCCUUAAAGAUCGUUGAAGACGGCGACAUCAAACUGCAGUGCAAGACUUUCAGGUCAAUGGUUAAAGUGUGUUUACUCUUAUCUAACGUAAUCCGAGAAUAAGUGCCAAAAUUUAGAAAAACUGUCGAUGUGACAAAAGAAUAUGAACAGUUCUAAGAAAAUUUAACUCAACAACCACAGCACAGUGGUUAAGUGGACAGACUAAAGGACUCUGUGCUUUCUGCUCUACCAGCCAGGCUUCUAGUGGAUGAGACCCAUGCCUACAUCCUUAGGGACUGUGGAGGGGUAACCCUGUUUCAGCCCCAGCUAGGAGGUGGCAACAUGACCCCGGUGGCAAAUGAUUUGGGUCAAUAGAACCAGUGAAGUGUCUUGAAGUAGUCAAUCAGCAUUGUGAUGUUGGGCAAUAUCUCAUUAACAAAAUAUUAAUAUUAACAAAUCACAAGGUUGUGGGUUCAAAUCCAGCCAAGCUAAACGCUGAUUUCACAAUGACUAGAAUAAGUAUUGUCGUCCAGUUACUGAAUGACAAUUUAAUGAUUUAUGCAGUUCACAAUCAUAGACUUUAAACCAAUGUUUGUAUGAGAGAGAUUGGCUAGUGCCAGAUUGGCACCCCUUGUGGGAGCUUUGCAGAGUUCCCUUGUUGGCAAGAUCAUCAUCUCAACAAACAGUUGGACUGUGAUUAUGGUGGUACGUCAGCUAAUCCCAUGUACAUGAUGUAAAGCUUUAUCCGUUUACCAUUGCAGUCCUUGGAACUAAAAAAAAAAAAAUUUUGUUCGAUUUGAUGGGUUCUGGCUUUUAACGUUUUAACAAACUUUUUAAAAGUUUGAUUUGGGACCAUUCCAAUUGUGAGCGUAUAUCAAGCGAAUUACUUUUUAAUUUAUUUGAUCAACUCUUAUUAAAGCAACAUAAUUUAUUACAAAAAGAAACAACAAGAGACUCAUGUAUCUUUUUUAACAGUAUUUAUUAACAUAGUACUUGUUCUUGUUCAUGUAACAAUACAUGUAGUUAUGAAUAAUUUAAAAAUCAAAGGCCUAUGGUUAUGUCAUAUCAUAGGCCUUUUGAUUUUCUUAGGGCCACAAUUGUUCUUGCAGCAAAGGGAACCACCACAGCAAAAGCAAGCAGUACCAACAGCAAUUAAAAAUGGUGUCUCAACUAAAUAGAGAAGCAUUUGAGGCAAAUAUCUAAAACAUUACUACAUCCUAACUGAUGUCUGACAAGUAAUUUUGCUUGUUACUCUUGACCAAAUGAUACGAAAAUAAACCCUUUACCAGUUAGAUUUGAAUAAUGUCUGGUACAAUGGCUUGUUUUAGUCGAAAGUUACCACUGAAACACAGUCAGUUUCCCUUGUGAAUUGUUGCUUGGUAUUUGAUAUAAAAAAAAUGCAUCCCCUAAAG